GUUGGAGAGCAAAAGAUGACCGAGGUGCCUUGGCCGGCUGUCCCCAAUGGGACGGACACAGCCUUUCUGGCUGGCCUGGGCUCGCCUUGGGGAAACAGUACAGUAGCCUCCACAGCAGCAGUUGCCUCUUCGUUCAGAUGUGCCCUGACCAAGACCGGCUUCCAGUUCUACUACCUGCCGGCGGUCUACAUCUUAGUGUUCAUCAUAGGCUUCCUUGGCAACAGUGUGGCUAUUUGGAUGUUCGUUUUCCACAUGAAGCCUUGGAGUGGCAUCUCUGUGUACAUGUUCAACUUGGCUCUGGCCGACUUUUUGUACGUGCUCACCCUGCCAGCCCUCAUCUUCUACUACUUCAACAAAACUGACUGGAUCUUCGGGGAUGCUAUGUGCAAGCUGCAGAGAUUCAUCUUCCAUGUAAACCUCUAUGGCAGCAUCUUGUUCCUCACCUGCAUCAGUGCACACAGGUACAGCGGCGUGGUAUACCCUCUCAAAUCUCUGGGCAGACUCAAAAAGAAGAAUGCCAUUUAUGUCAGUGUGCUGGUGUGGCUCAUUGUGGUGGUGGCCAUCUCCCCCAUUCUCUUCUACUCUGGCACUGGGAUUCGGAAGAACAAAACCAUCACCUGCUAUGAUACCACCACUGAUGAUUACCUACGAAGUUAUUUCAUCUACAGUAUGUGCACAACAGUGGCCAUGUUCUGCAUCCCCUUGGUGCUGAUCUUGGGCUGUUAUGGAUUAAUUGUUAGAGCUCUGAUUUACAAAGACCUGGACAACUCUCCCCUCAGAAGGAAAUCCAUUUACCUGGUAAUAAUUGUUCUGACGGUGUUUGCUGUAUCUUACAUCCCUUUCCAUGUGAUGAAAACGAUGAAUUUGCGGGCACGUCUCGAUUUCCAGACCCCAGAAAUGUGUGCUUUCAAUGACAGGGUUUAUGCCACUUACCAGGUGACACGGGGUCUAGCAAGUCUCAACAGCUGUGUGGACCCCAUUCUUUAUUUCUUGGCUGGAGAUACUUUCAGAAGGAGAUUGUCCCGAGCCACCAGGAAAGCUUCCAGGAGGAGUGAGGCCAAUUUACAAUCCAAGAGUGAAGAAAUGACUCUCAAUAUUUUAUCCGAGUUCAAGCAAAAUGGAGACACCAGCUUGUGAAGGCGCAAGACCCAAACACCUCACUUUUGUAAUGUGGUAGGAUGCUCCCAGAACCAGAUGCUUUGCUUCUCCUUAGGUUCCUAGUAAUGUUAGAGAAUACUGCAAACAAGAAAGUAGUCAGUUAAAAAAAAAAAAAGCAUCAAUUUGUUACACAUUCACGUUUAUCUCUCCUGUAAGCUCCCUUCUUACUUACUAGAAGUAUAUGUAAUCAAACAGUACUACCUAGAUAAACACUUCCUCUUCUUCCUUUGAAAUUCCCAGGCUUUUCUAUUUAAAGUGUGUGUGCAUGUGUAGCAGAGCAAAUUUGAUAUUAAAAGUUUCUCCAAGAAAACUGGCCACCUGGAAUUUGAGUUUGUGAUUUGUCCAGCCUCUGUUGCUGUGAAUAACUCAUGGUAUAUAUGAACAAAAAUCUAUACUUUCAAAAACUAUUUGGCAUAGUAUAAUGAAACACUGGUCAGCAGAUGCCUGUGGUAUAUGUCUUUCAGUUCCUCAGAAGCAUAGAUGGUGGCUGAUAAUGUCUUUGGGGAAUUGAAUAGAAAAAUAAAAUCAAUGAACUUUUAUGUGUGGAAAA